GCUGACUUUUGAUAAGUUUAUUCAACAAUCUAUAAUUUGGAUUGGAUUCCUUAAUUUGCAGCAGCAAUAAUGUCCAAGGUUCGUCUUUUGAAUUUCUCCCAUGGCCUAAUCCUCUCAACACUCUUCAUCCACUACUCUCUAGCUGAUGUUGGCACUGCUGCCCAAUAUGGCCCUCCCUUUUUGCCGACCACAUGUUUCGGCAGAGACGCAUCGCAGUUUCCGUCAAGUAACAUGUUUGCUGCGGCCGGGGAGGGUAUAUGGGACAAUGGUGCCGCGUGUGGGAGGCAGUAUCAGGUGCGCUGCAUCAGCGCUGCGGCACCCAGGACUUGUGUUCCUGGCCAGACGAUUCAGAUCAAGAUUGUUGAUCGAGCGCAAUCAUCGGUUUCUAGGCCUUCCCUAGGUGGAACUUCCAUGGUCCUCUCCGUCACUGCCUUCCAGGCCAUCGCCAAUGUUUCUGCGUCAUUCAUUAACAUUGAAUUCCAGCAGGUUUGAAAACGGGAAGUAGCUCUUGGAUGCAUCAUGCAAAAGCAAAGGGAAUAAGGAGCCGGGCAAAUUUGUUACUCUAGAAAAGUGUCUGUGAAGAUUGUUACAGUCAAUAUGUACAUGAACUUGCAUUUUUAUUUUAAUAACUAGUUUAAUAUCCAUGUGGACCCACAAGUAAGUAAGGUUAAACAUUUUUAUGUUUAUUUUAAUAAUGGUCUGUAUCGGUUAAAA